AUGGUUGGAAUUAGACGUCGAAGAAAAUCUUCUGCUUCUUCAGAUGAGUUGAUAAUAACUACUUCUUCGACAUCAUCUAAAUCUUCGGCAAUACUAACUGAUCCACUGAUGAGUAGACCAAGGAUUUCAUACGCCAGACGUAAGAAAGCCGAUACAAAACUAAUGGUUUGGUUAGAGAUAUUUGCCGCAAUUGCCGGCAUAUUUGUCAUCUACUUUACAUACUAUCACUUUGAUCUGUUUCACUAUCAUCUGACCCAUCAUUUUGCCCAUCACUGGGACGAUCCCAGUGCACAGCACUUGUUAGGCCACAAACUGUUGGCCAAUCGCCGGAAUACUAGCGGUGCGUUUCACUGGUUUCGCCGAUCGGCCGAUAAGGGAAACCCGCAUUCGGCCUACAAUUUAGCCGCCGGUCAUCUAAGCGGCUAUAAAACUGAUGUUAAAAAAGGCGAAGUCCGGGAACUAUUGAAGUUUGCGGCAAAAAACGGUGUCUCAGAGGCAAAGACACUGUUUCUGGAGUUAUGUCGCGACAAACCUAACAAACAUUGCGAUCAUUAA